AUGACGAAUUCGCACAUUAAAAACGGGCGAAACGCUGGCAGUAACGCCGAGCGGUACUUCAGCAACCACAGUCCGCAGUCGAGCGCCCAACAGCAGCAGCACGCUGGAGGCGGUAGCAAGCGAGGAGGAGGUGGCAACAGCAGCAGCAAUACGAACGGGGCUGGUAGCCGUGGCCAACGGUCGCCCAGCUCGAACUACUUCCGUAGUAUUUUUUCGUCGAGCGCUAUACCCAUAGUACAACAACCGCGACUGCCGUCGUCGUCACCGACUGGUGUCCGAGCAUCCGGCGGUCGCCAUAACAACAACUACAACGGUGGUAGCAGCAACGGCAGCAACGGCUCAAACAGCUUUAAUCAACGAUCCAGCCCGAGUGGCAAUGGCGCGGGAGGAGGAGGAGGAGGUUACUCCAUUUCCUCCCCAGCGUACUCGUCGUCGUCGUCGUUGGGCGGACCUGUAUCAGGUUCCCCGCCGAACUUUUCCCACUUUGCCGGAAGCAAGUGCUACGAUGCUCCCGCACCCACCGCCCUACCGAAACCACCGGUACACUGGACAGCCAAAAACGGAUCGACGUCCGCAUCGGCGACCGGUGGUACCAGUUCCUUAUCAACAAUGAUGGCUGCGGCCGAACGUGGCCAGCAGAACAACACCGCCAGCAAAAAGGUGGCAGGAUCCUCCGGCAACAACGUCAAUGGCGGCGGCGGCGUGAAGCAACAACUUCAGCUCCAUUUUCAUCAACAGUCCCAGCAAAAUCAGCAGGCGCCGCAACAGUCACGUCUCCGGACGAAGGCGAUGAAAUCGUGUGCUUCGGCAGCAGCAAAAGCCAACAACCGUCACGCUGCCAUGUUUUCGCAUAAUCUGAAAACGAUCCUCAACGUUCAAGCCUAA